CAAACAAUAAACUAUCGGUGCUCAAACUCAAAACCUAUUAUAAUGGCGGCGAACGAAAACCCCUUGAAUUAACCACGUUGACCGGCACUCCUAUUGCUAGCCUAGCCUAUAAAAAAAGCUUCAAUAGCUCAAGCUCUAACAUCACACUUUUGUCUCUCUUUCAGCUGUCUUAAUUUCCAAAGCUCUCUGUGCGUCUUUCAUUUGUUUAGGAGAAGGAAGAUGUCAUUCUCUUGUUCUACACUUCCAUCAAUACUUUUGCUUUCUCUCUUUGUAUUCACUCUUACAACUUGCUCAAAGGGGAACUUUUAUGAGAACUUUGACGUUACAUGGGGUGGCGAUCAGCGUGCUAAGAUACUUCAUGGAGGCCAACUUCUGACACUUUCCCUGGACAAGGAUUCCGGCUCUGGCUUCCGGUCCAAGCAUACAUACCUCUUUGGAAGAAUUGACAUGCAAAUCAAGUUAGUACCGGGCAAUUCAGCUGGUACUGUCACUACAUAUUACUUAACUUCUGAAGGGCCAAACCAUGAUGAGAUUGACUUUGAAUUCUUAGGCAACUUGUCUGGAGAUCCUUACACCCUCCAUACCAAUGUGUAUAGCCAGGGAAAGGGUAACAGAGAACAACAGUUUUAUCUCUGGUUUGAUCCCACAAAGGCCUUUCACACCUACUCCAUUGUCUGGAAUCGUCAACGUAUAAUAUUCAUGGUUGACAACAUUCCUAUCAGAGUUUUCAACAACAUGGAAUCAAUCGGUGUUCCUUUCCCCAGCAACCAACCCAUGAGGAUUUACUCAAGUCUCUGGAAUGCAGAUGACUGGGCAACAAGAGGUGGCCUUGUGAAAACUGACUGGACACACGCUCCUUUCACUGCCUCUUAUAGAAACUUCAACGCCAAUGCCUGUAUUUGGUCAUCAUCUCAGUCUUCCUGUGCCUCCCAGUCCACCGAUUCCCUGCAGGCAAAUGCUUGGGAGGACCAAACUCUCGGUGCAGCUGACCGCAACAGAAUCAGAUGGGUGCAAAACAAGUUCAUGGUGUACAAUUACUGCACUGACUUGAAACGGUUCCCUCAGGGUCUCCCGCCAGAAUGCAAGCGGUCAAGGUUCCUCUAGUGAUAUUACACCCACAAAAUGUUACACUGUACUACCCCUCACAUAAAACAUGUAAUUGUCCAUGAAAUUCUUUAUUCUUUAAUUAUUUCUGCAAAUAUUACAAUUCAAUAAAUCAGCUCUGGUUCCCAUUUACAAUUA